AUGGUGAUCGAGGACUUGGUUUCACGGAUUAUGGUCCCGUAUCUCCAACAAUACGUGGACAAUUUUGAUAAAAAGAAUUUAAAUAUUGCUGUUCUGAAAGGCGUUGCAUCGUUGAAGGAUGUAAAACUAAAGGAAUAUGCCCUGGAUAAUAUUUCCGAUACAAUUCCCUUUUAUAUAUCGUUUAGUCAUAUAUCGUUACUAGAAUUUGAUGUACCAUACACGAGUUUAAAUGCCAAAUCAGUGGUUUGCAGUUUGAAGGAUGUAUAUAUAGUUCUCCGACCAAAGAUGAAACGACCCUAUAAUCAAGAAGAAGAAAAACAAAGACAACGAGAAUUAAAAAAGCAUCUUCUCGACCAGUUUGAAAAGCAACAACUUGAAAAGGAAAAGCAAAAAGACAACCCAGAAAAGACUGAAGAGGGUUUUUUUGACAAGUUGAUCGAAACAGUUUUGAAUAAUUUGAAGAUCAAACUUGAAAACAUUCAUAUCCAAUAUCAAGACGAUGAUAAUUGUGUGGCUGGCUUCUCUUUAGAGAGUAUGGAAGUGAAUUCUACAGAUUCAAACUUUGAGAAGAAAUUCCAAAAAAAUUUAGGAGAACUGACGUACAAACUGUUGACAAUGCAAAAACUAGCAAUAUAUUUAAAUCCAUGGACUGAAGAAGAAAAGGUUGUAAAUAAUUGUAUUCAGAAUAGAAUGAGCGAUCAAGAGAUCAUUCAGAAAAUUAAUGCAAUACAAAACAGAGUGUAUCUAUUGAAGCCAGUGGAUGGCUGUUUAAAACUUACCAUGCAAAAACUUUCGGCAUCUGGAAUAGAUUUAAACAAGCCACAAUUUAAUGCAGUUUUUGAGUUUAUGAAUGACAUUCAAAUGUGCUUAAGCCAGAACCAAUAUAACUCAAUAUUUAAAAUUGUGGAGUAUUUGACGAACUACUCGGUACAAAGUCAGUACAGACACUUUAGACCAAACAAUUUUGAUCCCCUCGCAUACUGGAAAUAUGCUAUCAAUUGUGUGACGCAUCAAAAAAGACAAGAAAGAAUGAGCAAAAUUUAUGAGCAAACUGUUGCCGACACCUGUAGAGAAUAUGUCAGAGUCUACAAGAUCAUUGUAAAGGUUCCAUGGGUCCAACACAAGGCAACUCCAAAUGAUGUACAUAUAUUCAAGAAAAUUGAGGAAGAGAGGUCCAUUCAAGAAAUUCUAUAUUUCAGAAAAUGUGCUCACAAAGAGAUUAACCAAGAGGCAAAAAACUUUGAAGAAAAUAAGAAGCGGAAAAGCAGUUGGUUUUCGGCUGAAAAGCUACAGGAGAAGGCAAUCGAGCUCUCCGAUAAGGUGAAAGAAGAAUUGUACAAAUCAAUUGGAUUUGAAGAAUCUGCUCCUGUAGUUGUACCAGAUGAUUAUGUGAAAGUGCAAGUGCAUGUAGAUUUGGCAAAGCUUUCCUUCCUUGUAUAUCAUGAGAAGAGUGACCUCAUGGAGCUUGUUGUCGAUAGAUUUGUGUCUGAUAUCCAAGUGCUUCCACAUAAGGCGUUCAGAGUUUGUGCUUCAAUGGGAAAUUUCACUCUUUAUGAUAGAUUCUCUGGUACUCUUUAUCCUGAGUUCAUUACCAAGUCUAAACGAUGGUCAGAGGCUGCCUCUUCUAAUUUACUUUCAAUGUUUUUGGAAAGGCGUUCACCAAUAGAGAAAAAAGAAAAUGAGAGUGAUAUCAAUUUUUCACUUAAUUUAGAUCAGAUAGACAUUGUAGUCAAUUUUGAAUUUUUCCAAAGAAUAUUAAGCUUCCUUUAUUUCGACAGUGUAAAUAUUAAGAGAUUAGAGAAGGAAGCAAAAAGGCAAAUCAAAAAAGUGUCAAAGAUGGCAAAAAAAGAAAUCAAAGAAGUAUUGAUGCAAGACGAUACGACCGUAGACUUGUCAUUGAACAUUAAGGCACCGCAAUUAAUCAUACCAUGGAGCGUUUCGGAUCCAAAUACUCGAUUCCUCCUUGUUGAUUUUGGUAUGUUCACUUUGAAGAAGGACACCAGUGUACCAUUAAGAGAAAAAUUUGAUAUCAACAUGGAAAAUAUGGAAAUUAUUGUUCCAUUUGAUAUUAACGCGGUUGGAUAUUUGUCUAACGAGCAACACAUUGGCAAAUAUGAUGUCAUUUUGGAAAAGGCAUCAUUUUCUGCAAGUGCCAUGAAAUACAAGUCAGACACCGCCGAAGAAAAGGUCCAAGUCAUUGUCAAUGUACCAUGCAUCAAUUUUGUUCUAUCCAAAGAGAGUAUGCUUGCAGUGGCAGUAUUAACACAACAGAUUGCAGAAUUUAAACAGAAUCCAACCGGAACAAAGCAAAAAAUCAAUGAUCUAAAAAUAAUGGGAUCACUAAUGGUCAACCAUGAUGACUCUGGAUUCGCACCAUUCUUUGUAGAAGUGAGUUCCACCAAGAAGAUAUUCUUUUAUUCAGAUGAAAGCAAAAAAUAUUUGAAGAUUAUUGCUCACCUUAAUAGCCAUUCGAAAGUAUGGAAGUCAGACAAGUAUGAGAAUACUUUUUGUUUAAUGCUACCUCAAAAGAAAGGCUAUCAGACCAAAUAUAUCUAUCUACAGUGUUCGUCAGAAGAUGAGAUGGAAAAAUGGGUCACUACCCUAACCAUGUUUAUUUAUUCAUUCAACACUCACUUCUUUGUGGAUGACUUUGCUGAUAUUUUGAAAGAAGUAAGCUUUUCUGACGAUGAAGAGGAGGAAGAAGAACAAAAAGAAGGAGUUUUAAUUGCUAUCCGUUUCAAUCUGAGCAGCUUUAUUUUAUCCCUCUCUCAUCACGAUGUGAAUUUAGCGUCAGUAUACUUUUCAAACCUGCAAGCGUACUUUAGGCAAUACCACAAUUUAGAUUCGAAUUUAUCUCUUCACCUCCACGCCAUUAAUGUCAAAUCAGAAGUCAUCAAGGACAGAGAAUUUUAUUUGAUCAAAUCAAUCGACAGCCAAUCAGAUCAAGAUGAAAAAGAGCAUUUAGUGAAUGUCAAUUUUACGAGAUCGGUUGAUCCCACUUCACCAAUUUAUGAUCCCUCAUCUCAAAUGAAACUGAAUGUAACAUUUAAAAGUUUACAUUGCUUCGUUGAGCCAGCCAUACUUUCUAGCUUUAUUGACUAUGGAUACGAUUUACAAGACAUUCUAGAUCAAAUUACAGCAUUCAACAAGAUUAAUUACUAUUCCUUUGUGCCUGACGAGGACGAAAAAGAUGCUGGGCAAAAAUUUAGUGACUUGGCUCGAAUGUUGCUUGAAGGUAACGAAUCGAACUGUAAAUUAUUGACCAUGCAGUUGGUUGCAGGAGAAUCCAACAUGCUCAUUCUUAAUAAUGGAGCAACCAUCGCUGAGGUAGUCAUUAACUCAGGAACAAACGUUUCCUGUUUUGUUGAUUUAGAGACAAUUACGAUAUCAGGAAAUUUGAGAAAUAUUCAACUGUUAGACCAUAGCGAGCCAACUUCUUUGUACAAGGAAAUUCUUGGACUCUAUGAUAACAGUCAAGAUUCUGUGGUUACCCUCACAUACAAGUAUGUGUUUUCCAGCAUUUCAUUAGCCGAAUUGGUUGAACAGGAUCCUGAAAGAGACUUGAUUCAAAGAGGGUCUAUCAACUACAGACAAUUCCUUUCGAUGGAUACAAGCGCCGUUAAAUAUGUACAUAUCCAAAGGUUCUACAGAAAAGCUCAGAGCUACAUUUCUGGACCGCUGCUUAAUGCUCUCAAAAGAGAGUCAACAAGAAACAGAAUCAACUUUUCAGGACUGGACGGAAAAGAUAUUAUUAGCAAAAGAAUUAUCAACAACCAAAUCAAGCUUAACAUCAAAAUUACCAGUCCUGUCGUAAUUUUUCCUUCCAACUUUCAAUCAAGAGACCACUUUCUCGCCCAUUUGGGUAACUUGGAAGUAGAAAACUUUUUGAUAGGAGACUCAUCAAAUCCAGUAGAUCAUGUCAAAGUGCUUCUAAAUGACAUUAUGCUAGAAUUUGUGUCUUCUGCAUCUAUCCAUAGAGAAAAAAUUCUUUCAAAUAUCCAUAUCAAAGUCAAUGUAAAAAAACCUAUCAUUACCCCUUUUACAAAGACUAAGCAGAAUAAUGAAUUUGACAUUGCAAAGGAAGUGGUAAAUGUUGAUUUCUCAGACAUUGUGUUCAGUUUAACACAUAGUCAGUACCAAACAAUUUUCGAUUUUGUUAAUGGAAAUAUUAGAGAUGGCAUGAGAGACAUUAACGAAGAAAGAAAGUUCUAUCAAUCGAUUGGAAAGCUUGUAACACGAAGAAAAAAGAAGGAUAUUAUGAUGAAAAGAGUUACUUCAGAGAGAGCCAUUGAUAGCAUGUCCUCAAGUAUUAUUAUUACUGACGUACAUGUUACAGCUCCCAAUAUUUCCUUGGUGAUUCUUAAGAAAAAUGGGUCAAACUUUGCAAAGUUAGCUGUGACAGACCUUCGACUUAACAAUAAGAUUGAUAUCAAUGAAUGUAUUCGUUUACAUUUGACGCUCGGCUCCAUCAUUGCAAGUGACAUGAGAUCGAACACCUCUAAUGUUUUUUCCAACUUUAUUGAGUUUUCAGACCCUACUGCCUGCUUUUCACUCCAGUACGAAAAUGAUAGAUUGCAGUUUAAGGAAAAGGUAAAUCUGAAACUUAGUGAUCCAAAAGUUGUAGUCAUCCCUGAACUUCUUCUAGAUUUUAGACAUUUCUUUUCAGAUACUCACUACUUCCAGAACGAUACUCUCAAUGAACUCUUAUUGGUUGGAACUACUAUUGACGAAACUGCUGAGUAUGAAACCAUUCUGGAACAGAAUGAGACCCCUGAAGAAAUAGAAAUUAAGGCAAAACUGGAGCUCAAAGGAGAUUUUGGUACUCCAAGAAUCAUCAUUCCAGAAGACUCUGAAGACGCGUCAAGUAGAUUACUUGUUCUUAAAUUCAGCAGUGAGCUUGAUUUUAAUGCUACUCAAAUUGGAAAGUCAGAGAAGGGAUUAUUUAAAAUCACUGGACUCACAGUCAUCAUUACGCAUGGUACAAGCUCAUUACCACUCCUUGAACCUACAAAUAUUGACGUGGUCAUAAUGAGAUUAAAGAGUCAGGAGGAUACAAAUGGACCAAAGGAAGAACGAGUAAUUAGAGUAUCAAUUUCAGAAGGAGCAAGUGCAAGAUUAUCAUACCAUGAUGUGAAAAUGUUGUAUACUAUUGCUGAACAAUUCAAACAGAAACUGGAAAUGCCUUCAGCUCUCUCACAGCAAGAUAUUACCAUGUAUUUGCAGGAGGUUGAAGAUAAUGACGGUAAACCUCAUAAUGCUCCGAUUAUUGCAAAAGAUUUCAAGAAAAUGAUCAGCGAGGAACUGUUACCGCAAACAUUAGUGAACAAAUUUAUUAUCGAGUCUAAAACAAUGAGUAUUUUGGUUGUAGACGAUCUUACUGGAUUUGAUAUUCCAAUCAUUCGAGUUCAUCUCAGUGGACUUCGAUUCAACUCAAUGAUCAAAUCAUUCAGUACAAACGAGUCUAACAUUUCUGCAUAUUUAGAAUUUUUGGUUCAUGGCGAUUGUUACAACUUCAAGUUGGCUGAAUGGGAACCUAUAAUUGAGAAAAACAAGGUGCCCAUCCAUUGCAUGUAUCAAAAUCAAAAAGGAUACCCAAAGCAUAUUGUUCAAGUAGAAUGUGACGACAUUAUUAACAUGAACAUUACUCAUUCUUCUUUGGAAACUAUACUAUCAACCGCACAAGCUUGGUCUAAAGAGCUGAAACGAGAGACUGUCUCUAGAGUCAAAAAGCUAGCUAUUACGUUUGAACCUUUUUCUAUAGUCAAUAAGUGUGGUCUGGCCGUUAGUUUCAAGGUUGCAGACGACUUUAUUGAAUUGGAACAGGACAAAGAAGUACGGUUUUCUUUUCCUACAAACACAGCAGAGAGAAAGAACUUUGUGACUUUACAAAUUGGAUCCAACACUAUCAAGACUCUCGUAAACAAAAACGGAAUAUAUCCUCAUUCCUUACUACUCCAAGACAAAGAAUUAGGACAGCUAGAGUACCAAAUUUAUAUUGAAGUCAAAGAUAAGGAAAAGAGGAAGCUAAUCAUUAUUCAUAGUGGAUGUAAAGUACGAAACAAAACUGACAAAUAUUGGCAAAUUGGAUGUCAUGUUGGAGAGAAAAUUGUGCCUCUUGCAUUCCUUGCACCCUACUCAUCGCUCUAUAUUCCUACCAGUUUUGUUGUUGAAGAUGGCCGUUUGGCAAUUCGGCCUUGUAAAGACCAAGACGACAACAGUGCUGAGACAUUGUCAAGCGAAUACAAAUGGACAUCAAAUGAUUCAACAUUGUAUUCCUUGAAAUCUUUCAGAAAAACACCUGCAAAAACGAUUUUAAGUAGAAAUAAGCACAUGACAAUCAAAAAAGAUCACAUGUAUUGCAUUCUAAACUCAAAAUCUAAGGCAAAUAGCAAGACGAGAAUUAGUAUCAUACCACCUCUGGCAAUUCAGAAUGUACUUCAAGAAGAUGUUCAAUUUGCUCUUUUUGGAAGCUCUUCGAAAGAUGCCAAUGUCAGAAUUGCGAAAUAUAGCGACACUAUCAAGAAAGGAGACACUAAAUAUAUUUACAGAAUCGAUAUGCAGAAGCCUAAAAUGUGGAUUCAAAGUAUUAUUAAUGGAUGGCAAACAAAAGACAUUACUUUAAUUUAUACUUAUGGAGAAUCACAAGAAGAAACAUGCAAUACUUUUUCUAACUUUUUCAUGGAUGGAAGAGUCAUUAAUUUAAGAUACGAUGUUUUCAGUACCGAUAAUGCCUACGUCAAAAUUGUUGUCUACUGCCCAUAUUUGAUUAUGAACUAUACACAUCAUGAUUUAGAAAUCGUAGAGUCGUCAAAAGAAAACUACAAAUUGGGCUGUUCUACUACCAUUGACGGCACUGCUGCGACCAUGUUCAAUUACUACAGUGAGAGCUCCUCUAUGAUAUUCAGCAAAAAAGUGUUCCUGAAGACAUCACAUGGAUUUAUUUCGAAUCCAUUCUCUAUUGACUCGGUUGGAACUCCAUCAGAAUUAAUACUUUAUCAUGAGAGUGACCAAAGCAAACUUCCUCUCAAAAUGGGAUGCUUUGUUAGCUUGGCACAAGGAAAAUAUGAAAGAACAAAAAUAGUUGAAAUCACACCAAGAUAUUUGCUCAUCAACGACAUUCAUUCGAAAGAGAAAAGCGUGAAUAUUGAGGUCAAACAAUUUGGGGAUGAAAGUAACAUUCUGACUAUCGCUAAACAAGAAUCUUGUCAUUACUAUUGGACUAUUGAUUGCAACAAAUUGGAAACUAACGAAGCAGACACCCCCUUAACCGUUCAUUUCCUUAGAAAAAAGAUUCCCAUGAUUUGCAUUCGUCUUAAAAACGUUGACGAAGAAGAUCCAUUGUUGAGUGAAUGGUCCAUGCCUUUUUCAAUUGACACGUUGGGAGAAAUACCUCUCAUUAUUGGAAGUAACUAUAUCACAACUAAGAUCAUGCAAAAUAAUGGUUGUAUUCAAGUCUCGUUCACUCGGGCUGCUCUUCCGCCUUACUUUAUCGUGAACCAGACCUCACAUGCAAUAUCAGUUUCUCAGGUUUAUACAGGAGAGAAUAUUGUAAUUGCUUCAAACAAAACUAUUCCCUACAUGGUUCCUGAUAUCAAAUCUAAACACUCCAUUUAUGUCACACUAGGCGAAAAGUUCAAGUUGGGAUCAAUUGAUAUCGAUAAAAUCAAGAAGAGCAAAUUCAUUUCCAUCCCACAACUCAAGACCUCUAUUUUCAUUAGAUUAACUACUUACCGUGGCUAUACUAGAGUCAUCAGCUUCCAAGAAAAAGAUGUAAAACCAAAUCAGCAACAAUUAGAGACGGAUCAAGAUGACCCACAAAGCUUCGAACUGCUCCAGUCAUACUUAUUCGUUAAGGGCAUAGGAGUAUCCAUUAUCAAUCAAAAUCAAACAGAAAUUUUAUACGCUCAUGCUGAUAACAUCUCUGUCAAUUGCAACAUUACUGAAAAUAAUAAGCAGCUUUUGGAAGUAAAAGUCAAUCGAAUGGGUAUUGACAAUCAACUCGAGAAUUGCACAUUCCCUAUCAUGUUUACGAAUGCUAACAAAUUAGGAUUGAGAGACUUUUUACAUUUCAGCUUGAUUAUGGACACAAAGGAAAAGGAAUUUGAUUACAUUCCGUACUUGUCUCUGUUAAUGCAAGAAGCAAAAAUCGCCAUUGAUUUCAAACUCAUUCAUGAAAUUCUAAAGAUGGUAUCGUCUCUGCAAGGAAAAAAGACAAACCAUGAAAAGCAAUAUAUCAUUUCCAAAACAACAACACGACAUAAUGUAGACACACACGAGCAUCAACAUGAUGAAAUUUUGUCUAGUUUCAAUGUUCAAUUGAAAUCACAGCAUGACCGCAUGAUUUACUUUGAAUUGUUACAACUUCAUCCUUUCAAAUUGAAUUUAAGUUUUGUGUUUAAUGAAAUUCCCAAUGAUGAAGAACAAGAUUUAUCCAUUAUAUUACGUACACUUGGAGCAAGGUUAAGCAUGAAUAUCGAUGAAGCUCCAAUCCGAUUGAAUGCACUCAUUCUCAAUCAUCCACCUCUCUCUUCUCGAACACAACUUGUUGAAAAUAUUAAGGCACACUACACGAGAUAUGCCAUUUCAGAAAUGUUUUCAAUUCUAGGAAGUUUCGAUAUCAUUGGAAAUCCAGUGGGUCUCUUCAAUGACAUUGACAAGGGAGUUUAUGAUUUAUUCUAUGAACCAAUGGAAGGCAUUACAAAAUCUCCAAAAGAAUUCACAUUAGGUCUAGCAAAGGGAACCACUUCAUUUUUCAAGCAUUCCAUUCAUGGUACAUUUAACACUGCUUCAAAAGUUACCGAAUCCAUCAGCAAUGGUAUUAGUUUAUUGACUUUGGAUGAAGACUAUCAAAUCAAACGAAAAGAAGCCAAUCAUUUGAGUAAGAGACCUAAACACAUUGGUGAAGGUUUAGUUUCUGGAGCACAGUCACUCUCUAUGGGACUCUUUGAGGCUGGUACUGGAUUAUUUGUGAAACCUAUUGAGGGAGCAAGUAAGGAAGGAAUUUCUGGAUUUUUAAAGGGUGUAGGAAAGGGAAUCAUUGGAAUGCCUGUAAAACCAAUCACUGGAGUAUUGGAUUUUGUGUACAAGACAAGUGAAGGUUUGAAAAAUACGACACAAUACUUUGAUAGAGAAUUUCAAAUCCAUCGAAAACGAUUUCCCAGAUACGUUGGAGCAGACAAGAAGUUGAACAAGUACGAUGGAAAUGCAUCAUUUGGAUGUUUUGCAUUUGCAGCCUUGAUGAAACAAGGAAUAAUUCCAAAUGACAGUACCUACGUUUCGCAUUACUUUUUAACAAGCACCAAUGAUGUAGUGUUUUUGAGCACGCAACACAUUUGUCAAGUUUCUUGUUUGGUUUCACCACCACCACAACAGCAGAACACUCAUCACAACAAGAUCACCAAAUAUUUCUCUUCACAACAUCCACCAAAACCAGAACAGCUUUUGGAAAAAUUCUCUUUGACAUGGAUUUAUGAAAUCAAAACCAUCUCCAAACUGGAUUGCUCAAGAAAUAACCCAAAUUCGAUAGUGUUAAGGGUGAAAAGCCAAACUGCUUGGUUUGGUUUUGGAGAUCUGUACGAUGAUGUAAUUAUUGAAACUGAACCACACAACAAUGAUUUGUUAUCAAAGCUACAUCAACUACACAAGUUCUAA